UAUUUAUUGUUGGAUGGGUUUUGAAUUUUAUUUUUACAGAGAGAAGAAGAAUUGGAAGAAAGAAUUGUCAAACAUGACUGGUGGCUGCUUCAUAAACCUCUUCUUCUCUUCUCUUCUCUAAUAUUAUAAGCUCUUUCUCUCUCUAAAACUACUCUCUAUAGACUCUUUCUCCACUCGCUUUCUCUCUCUACAACCCCCUUCUUUCUCUCUCCGUGUCCAUACAGACAGGGUCUCUUCAUUUUCUCAACCUCACCGUAUAUAUAUAUUUCUUGGUGGGUUUUAGCUUCUCUGCAGCUUUUGAGCUUCUUCUUGUUGUCAGACAACAAAGAGAAGAAAAAAGUUUGAAAUUUGGUUUAAAGAUUGUUUCUUGGCUUUCUGGGUUUUGUUCCAGCUUUGGUGGAGAGAAGAAUGGCACAACGUUCUCAUGUGCCUAAAUUUGGUAACUGGGAAAGUGAAGAAAAUGUUCCAUAUACAGCUUAUUUUGAUAAGGCUCGAAAGGGCAGAGGUGGGCCGAUGAUAAAUCCAAAUGACCCGCAAGAGAAUUUGGAUUUGGUCCCUGAAUAUGCAGCUCCACCUCAAGGUCCUCAUUCUGGGGGCAGAGUUGCAUCAGAGGAACCUGUUGGACAGGGAGCUGUUAGACGAGCUCACGAGCGUCAAAGGAGCAGCGAAGAAAGCGAUCUCAGACGGUCUUCUGACUCUCCUGGGCGCCAUGACAAUAUGAACCGAAGAGCUGCGAAUGAGCCAGUGCCCCAACGUUAUGGAGGCCGUGGAGUGAACAAUCAAACUGGAAGACAAAAUGUACGCAGCAGUGGGUCUGAAUACAGCAUAGAGCAGUCCCCAAUCCAUCAAAAGGCUAAGAUCUCAGGGAGAGGCAGUGGGGCUCCAUCUCCUGCCUGGGAAGCAAAAGGCUCAUACGAAAGCAGCCACGGAACUCCUGGAAGAUCUCGGUUGAAACCAAAAGGCGAUGAAAGUCCUGAUAAGGGUGCUGCUGUUCCGAAAUUUGGGGAGUGGGAUGAGAAUAACCCUGCAUCGGCUGAUGGCUAUACUCACAUUUUUAACAAAGUAAGGGAGGAAAGGCAAACUGGAGCAGGGAAAGUACCUGGCAUGCCUACAGAGUCACCUUAUAGACCUGGUCAUAGGCCAACCCCCAGCAACAGCUCUAAGAGUUGCUGCUUUCCGUGGGGAAGAAAGUAAAAGAAUGGAAUUUGUGUAUAAUUAUGAGGUGUGUUGAAGUUGUAAAUACUUUGAAGGCUGUUUUGGUGCAGACGAGUAUAUUCUCUCUUUUAUUUGUGUGGCUUUUAUUUUAUGAUUACUAAAAACAUUAUGUUUUGCUUGAGAUGUAGUUUUAAUUUUUCUUUCACUUUUAGAUUGUUCAACUGCAGUAUGCAAUUUAGCUUUCAUAAUUCAAAUUUAUAUUUCGGCUGGCGGAACCAGACACA